GUAUCAUUCGCUUAUAAAACCCUUCCUUCCUCGCAUGUCUUCACAAUUCAUAGCCUCUCAUAGAUCUAUUUCUUUCUACUUACUUGGCUGUGUAUUCCACAGAAAUCAGCAUUAGCACGGAAGUAGAAGCAGCUUCUACGAUGAUGAAAACGGGAAUGGAUACAACAACCACCAAUCGAGACUAUCAAAGCAGAGUUCAUGAGGUUGAGCUCGAAACUUGUGAUCCUGAUGAACCAAAAGAGCCAAGAAAUGAUUUCACUCUAACAUGGGAGGAUAUGUGGGUGAUGGUGUCCAACAAGAGCAAAGGGGUGAAACCGAUACUUCAAGGUGUCACCGGUUAUGCCCGGCCAGGAGAGCUCUUGGCCAUCAUGGGGCCUUCUGGUUGUGGCAAGUCCACUCUCCUCGACGCACUCGCCGGGAGAUUGAGCUCAAAUAUAAGGCAAACAGGAGACAUUCUAGUCAAUGGCCACAAACAAGCUCUGGCUUAUGGAACUUCAGCUUAUGUGAUGCAAGACGACGUAUUGAUAACAACGCUAACUGUGAGAGAAGCUGUUUACUACACAGCUCAGCUACAAUUGCCAGAUUCCAUGCCAAUAUCCGAGAAAAGGGAAAGAGCAGAAACUGUAAUAAGGGAAAUGGGACUGCAAGAUGCCAUGGACACAAGAAUUGGAGGCUGGGGGACCAAAGGACUAAGUGGUGGUCAAAAGAGAAGAGUUAGCAUUUGCCUGGAAAUUGUCACCCGCCCGAAGCUUCUCUUCCUCGACGAACCAACCAGUGGACUCGACAGCGCGGCAUCCUAUUAUGUCAUGAGCAGCAUAGCCAGCUUGGACCACGGAGAUGGAAUCAGAAGAACUAUAAUUGCAUCAAUUCAUCAGCCUAGUAGUGAAGUCUUCCAGCUUUUCCACAAUCUUUGCCUUCUGUCUUCAGGCAGAACAGUGUAUUUUGGACCUGCUUCCGCAGCUACGGAGUUUUUCGCGUCGAAUGGUUUCCCCUGCCCAACUCUCCAAAAUCCAUCAGAUCACUUUCUGAAAACCAUAAACAAGGAUUUCGAUGUGGAUAUUGAACAAGGUGCACCCAGAAAAGUUUCCACAGAGGAAGUGAUCAACACUCUUGUAAAAUCAUACAGAUCAUCUCCAAACUGUCAAAAAGUUCUAGGAGAAGUAGCCAAGAUUAAUGAACAAGGUCACGGAGCACCAGUGAAAGAGCGAAGCCAAGCAAAAUUUGUGACACAGUGUCUUGUUCUUACUAGAAGAUCUUCAUUGAACAUGUACCGUGAUCGAGGCUACUACUGGUUGCGUUUAGCCAUUUAUGUAACUGUGGCCUUCGGUCUCGGAACCAUAUACUUUAACAUUGGAUCUACUUAUGGCUCAAUUCAGGCUAGAGGAUCGCUCCUAGUUUUUGUUGCUUCAUUCCUGACUUUCAUGGCGAUCGGUGGCUUUCCUUCUUUCGUGGAGGACAUGAAGGUAUUUGCGCGAGAAAGAUUAAACGGGCACUAUGGAACUGGGGCAUUCGUGAUUGGGAACACGCUCUCCUCCAUGCCAUAUCUGUUGCUGAUUUCCCUGAUCCCCGGAGCGAUUGCAUACUAUCUCACGGGACUCCAGAGAGGAUGGGAACACUUCUUGUACUUUGUCGCGGUGUUGUUCACUUGCAUGAUGUUGGUGGAGAGCCUGAUGAUGGCAGUUGCGAGCAUCGUACCGACCUUCCUGAUGGGCAUCAUCACGGGGGCAGGAAUCCAGGCUCUAAUGAUCUUAGGAGGAGGAUUCUUCAGACUACCGAAUGAUCUCCCACUCCUAUGGAAAUACCCUUUGUACUACAUUGCUUUUCACAGAUAUGCUUACGAGGGAUUGUUCAAGAAUGAGUUCAAGGGACUGAAAUUUCCUAGUCAAGCUGGAAACAAGGCAUCUUUUAUCAGUGGCGAGCAGGUCCUGACAGGGUUUUGGCAGAUGGACGUGGAGUAUUCCAAGUGGGUUGAUCUUGUAGUUCUGAUUGGGAUGGUGAUUUUGUAUCGAGUCAUGUUCUUGGCCAUUGUCAAGUGCAGUGAAGUGGUCAUGCCUGCCUUGGUUGCUUGCAUUUCUGUGACCCCAGAGCAAACCAAAAAGGUCAUGAUGAAUCCUUCUGAUGAUAAAAGUGUACACGGGUGAUGAUUAGUUGAUUA